UGGUGGCGGGCUGGAAGGAGGGAGGACAGCUGGAGUCCGUGUUUACAAGUUGGUGAGAGGCGGACCGUCCCAAGCCCGUAGUCAUAAUACACCUCGAUACUGUCUGUGUGUCUAUGCGCUCCUGGUGAUGCCCUCCUACGAACAUUUGAUGCACGUCCAUGAUUCUAUGCCUUUCUUAUUGCGAAUAAAGUUGAAAAGUUAUUUACUGAUUUAGGGAUGGAAAUAUAUGAUACUCCAGUGGUUAUGCAAUGUUUUGGUGAUAAAAUGAAAAUUGAACGGCAUUGAGAAAGGGUUUGAUAUGGCUCUCCAGUCACUAUUAUGGAUUACUGAGUUUUUCUCGUAAAAUUUUCAAGGGACAUUGUGUGCCCAGAAUUUCAGUGAGUCACCCCCCCCCCCUCCCUCUUUCAAACGUGGAGAGGUGUGAGGAAGGUUAGGGACAAGGCAUAACACGGUCUAGUUUAAGGAAUAGUGUUGAAGUGUUGUUCAUGAUGAUGCCUGAAGAUCUUCCUGGUAGCUCCGGCACGAGCUUCACCCUCUCGCCUGGCCAGUGGAGCGCCGCCCCCGACACUGGCAUUGUGAAGCUGACUGAAGGGGCGCUGGCUAGGCUUAUCAACACCGACCCUAUUGACAAGUGGUACCUUCUGGACCCCGAACCCAUAGCCAGGGGACAGUUCGCCGUGGUCUACCACUGCCAACACAGAGUUACGGGGGAGGAAUACGCCGCCAAGUUCUCCUCUCGCUUGCGUCUGGGAGCUGACUGUACCUCGGACAUCCUUCACGAGGUGGCGGUGUGUGCCAUGUUGAGGCCAGCCCACAGGACGAUACAGCUACGAGACGUGUUCAGUACCGAGAGUGAACUGGUACUGGUCAUGGAGUAUGCGGCAGGGGGUGACCUACAGACCCUGCUGGACCAAGACAUGGUACCGUAUGAACGUGACGUCAUCAGCUUCACGCGACAGCUCCUUGAGGGACUGGUGUUUAUCCACGACCGUAACCUUGUUCAUCUAGACAUAAAGCCACAGAACUUGGUGUUGAUGGGGGAGUUUCCGGACUGCGCCGUCAAGUUGUGUGACUUUGAGAUCUCCCGACUGUUGACGCCUGGUAGGGAGGUGCGUGAGAUACUGGGCACCCCGGACUAUGUUGGAACCAUCACUACCAAGACGGACAUGUGGUCUCUGGGAGUGCUGACCUACGUGCUCCUGACGGGGUUCUUACCGUUCGGGGGCGACACAGACCAAGAGACGUUCCUGGAGAUCUCACUGGGGGAGCUUGACUUCCCCGAGGAGCUCUUUGAGGACAUCUCUGCUGAGGCCAUUGACUUCAUCAAGAAACUAUUAAUUCGUAAACCACAGUCAAGGAUGAGCGCCCGUGAGUGUUUGGAACACCCGUGGAUGAAGGCUGACCUCAGUAAAGCCAAGAUCCCACCCCAACCUGUCCUCAAAACCUCCUCUUCACCUGCCACAACCUCCACCUCACCUGCCACCACGUCCAUGACCCUCACAGUGCCAACGUCUGACACUCACCACACGUCCACCAGCGUUCACUCCCCCUCUCUCGUGUCAGCGCUGUCAGAGAUCAUCACGUCAGCUGGAGGAGCCGAUCACUACACCAAGUCCAGUGGGUCCCUCAGUAAUACUCCCGGAGUUCUGACGCCCACUAACACAACUCCCGCCAUCCUCACGCCUAACAACACCACGCCCACGAUCCUCACGCCCAUGAGUUCCUCUCCCCGGGAUAUCGGUUUACCACCCAUCCAUCCUCUAAGUGGACCAAAAACCUCGGCAGUCAACUCCGCUUAUUCCUCCACCAGUUCUCUCUACCGCGGAGGGUCUCGGCAGAGUCUCGACCGCGUCCGAAGUCUCUCUAAGUCUCGCGAGGUGUUGUUCGAGAGGAUGCAGAUGUCUAACCAGAAGAAGGCGGUCUCGAAGUCUCGUGAACGUCUCCAUGAAGGAAGACUCGGCCUCUCGAGAUCUCGGGAGGACUUAUGGGCUCUUAAGUCCUUCUCACACUCAGAAGAAGCCCUGUCAGUGUUCGGAUGGUUGAAUCAAGACGACGACUCCUUGUAUAAGAGCUGUACUAAUGUGUUCCUCCCGAUGCUGCCGAUGGUGGACGAGUACCGAGUGUCUGGUCGUCUGUACAAGAGUUUGGCUUCCAUCGACAAGAUAGACGAAGUUGGAACGGAAUCAACUCAAGGUAACGAAAGGCAGAGUAUAUUCGACUCCAGGUUCUCCAUAAACGACGAGGAGUACAACCACCUCAUCACUAAAUACAACACGGCGGUUAACAGCCACCGCAAAACACCACCUCGGGGACGAACAAGUGAAAAUCGACAGAGAAAUACGAUUCCAGAGGGACGACUCAAAGGCAACAGUCAGGGUGGUCGAGGAGACAACGCCUGCAACAAAAGGUGUUCCCGACACAGCCACCCGGAGUCUGACCUCACACAAAAGGUUCCGAAGGUAAGUCGAGCAGAGAGGAUGAAGCGAGACGUACACAGACGACGUAAAGGAAAGAAAGAGAAGGAGACAAUGAGGCCUGAGUCACCGCGCGUACGACAACCAAAUAAUGAGUCAGAGGCGUCCAGACAUGUUGAGAAACCUAUUGACAAGUCUUCGUGUUCCAGCCGAGCUCCGUCACCCAGUAAGAGACGUGGCUCAGUCUCCCACAUUGAGCAGAGAAUUCAGGAGAGACACGAGAGACAACAAGAAAAAUUAGAGAGACAAGAACGGCAGGAAAAGCUCGAGAGACGAGGAUCCGGGAAGGGCGCCUCUGGUACCCCUCGAAGGCGGGACUCAGGGGAAGAGAAAACACUACAGAAGGAGAAGAACAAAAACAACAAACACAGAAGCAGCGACGAGAACAUCAACAGACCCAGGAGUACUUCACCAUCCAAGAGGACCAAAGUAAACAAGACGAGAUCAAACAGCAGUGAUGCGUCUCCCGCCUCAUCUCUGGAGAGCGUCAAGGAACUGUCAGACUACAAGAGAUCAUCACCCAGUUAUAGUCAGCCAAGCGAGGGCAGGAAGUCAUCAGGGGCAGCCAACGAUAUCAUCAAGCAUAAGGACAAGAGAACCGAUAUGGACGAGGCCUAUGUGUCUCUGGAGGAGCCUGUGGAUGACGGCAUCUUCAGCAGGAGUGAGAGUAUGGACAGCACUAACACCGUGGAGUCUGAUCACACUGUCCGCGCCACAGACACCUCUUCUGACACCAUAGAAUUAACCUUCGCGUCUUGUACAGCGACUGACAGUGAACCCAAACAAGCGAUGGAAAAGCCAAUACAAAUACAACUGUCUGAGAAACACGAGUUAGAGGUAGCGAAGGAGGAACAGACGCCCAACACAGAGACCCCGCCGCCGCAGGAGGAGGAGGAGGAAAAGGCAGCGACGCCGGGAAGUAUUGUGGAGCUUUCAGCCAUCCACGAGGAGGGAGAGGACGAGAGGAGUGUGUUCGCCAGGUCUGUCUCCACCAGCAGCGACAUCGGCAGUAUGAUGAGCGAGAACAGCGAGGCGGACAAAGAGGACUCGUCCCCCUCCUCCUCCUCCACCAGGCAGCAGGAGACUGAACACUUGGCAGCCUUGACCUGGAAGCUUCGAGGCAGGUCGAUGAGCAUGCAGCCCAGCGACCCUCCGCCCUUCUCACACCUCCACCUCUGUAGGUCCAACUCCUUCAACCUCGGCAUGCCCUUGGGAAGCUUCAUGGCGUCACCCUGGGAUGAUGUGUGUGACGGCGCCAUAAGUCGAGCUCUUGAGAUGUUCAAGUUGAACUCGAAAGAUCUGACCAAGACGGCCGGCAGGAACUUCGAUGAGAGAAGACCUUCCCUCCACAGCCAAUAGCAGCCACCAGCAGGAGGAUGAUGCCCCAGGGCUCCAUAAUGAGGCGUGUACAAAUAUGAGGUUAAACAUGAGUCAUAAAUAUAUUAAAGUUAAGAACAUGUGCAGCAAGAAAGGUCCAUAGUCAUGACCCACGAGGGCUGAGCCACUCACCAGGGCGGCGCCUCCCUCACUGACCGCUUCCUCCUAACCCAGCGUGAUAACUCUACCGCCGGUCACCCACACAGAGGCUAAGCUACAAGCUGUUGGUGGUAUUGUAAACAGUAAACACAAGGUGCACCGGGCAUAAUGUACAGUGAUCGGGAAGGUGCACGCUCACGGUGAACACUCCCAUAAAACGUGCACAAAGAAGUGGAUACUGAUGUGUGUGUGUGUGUGUGUGUGUGUGUACAUAGUAGUUGUCAAUGAGGCUUUUAUCAAUACUGUAGUAUGUGAUUAUAAUGUUUCAGGUCUUCCAGCCGUUGUUUACGUGUCUGGUGUUCGUAAAGGCGUGUGAUGGUUACCCGGGCAGCUGACGCCAGAGUGCCUGGUGUAUGGUAAACAGCUUUAAGCUAUGUACAUAAUGAAACAAUUCUUCAAUAUUUAGUUGUUAAGAAUAUACUGUAUCGGGUACAAGGGUGAUGGCUCCCCCAUAACACUGUCAUCCCCCUGAGGUCGGUUCAUAACACUGAUGUCUCCUGUAUCUCUUCCCAGGGUCUCUCAGAGUCUCUCAGGGUAGAACCUCUCAGUCUCUCUCCAGCUUUAACACUCAUCUAUACCUUUUAGCUUUGUAUUAACUCGCCACGAACAAAGUUGCUUUCAAUUCACGUGUUCAGAAACUUUUGCUCCUUAAUAUAUAGUUGAUAAAUAAGGUUACUGGUGCAAGCCUGUUAUGUGACGUCACUGAAUACAUCGACAAUGACGACACGAAGAGUAUGGCCUAUCAUUCGUUGGUCAUGUCAUCAAUGGCGUCAUGGAGGCUGUGGUCUGGCAAUAAUUGGUCAGAUCGCCAAUGAUGGGUCUAUCUUUCAUAUACAAGACUAUCAGUGACGCCAUGUAAAAACCUAUACCAAUCAUGAACCAGACCAACAAUGACGUUAUGAAGAGCCAUCCAAUCAGAAUCAGUCCAAUAACGGCAUUAGAAAGAGCCAACCAACCAUGAACUAAACCAUGAGUGACGUCAUGAAAAGCCAACCAUUCAUAAACCAGAAUAUCAGUAACGUCAUGAAAAACCUAUCAAUCAUAAACAUCAGUGACGUCAUGAAGAACUAACCAAUCAUGAGUCAGGCACACUAACCUAUCACCCUGAGGCAUAUUUAGGUGAACUGGUGUGAGACCUGCUAGUCAGUGUACCAAUAAUAGCUUCCAGUGCAGGUUGUUGAGGCGAGUUGCCAGGCCCAGAACCCCACCUCACCCUAAAGACCAGUGUCACACCCUAGGCCCAUUUGAGUGUGACCAACCCUAAAUGUAACAGGCCAGUUUUAAAUGUAAUAACUCAAAAAUAUAAUAUGAAUCAAAUGUUAAGGUAAUAAGACUUAAGACUCAUGUGUUUACCUGUACGACUGAUCACUUAAUUACCUUUCAAGUCAAUUAGUAGUGCAAUUUUAGGUCAUUGUUACACUAGAAUAUAAUUUGUGUUAUAUUUCAAAGGUGGAAUUACAUUUGGUGGAAUAAUUACACUUACGAGAUAACAUUUUAAUGAGGCUAUUACACCUAUGAGAGUAAUUACAUUUAAAAUAAUAAUUACAUUUAGGUGUUAUCAAGGGAAUUAGAGACGCGAGGUUGACCUUGGCUCUAGCUGAGGUGGGUGUUACCUGUGUAACGUUACCUGGUUAUUAAUUAGCUGUGAAGGAGAGGUGUAGAGGCAGCUAGAAUGGGUUGGUGGAACAGCUAAUACUGACCAGUGUGUACAGAGAUAUAUCAGCUAUGAUGUGGGUGAGUGUGAGGUAGGGAGAGUGAGGGA